CACAUGCGCCGAGCUAUGUUUUGAAAAGCCGGGCUGCUAAAGCUCCUCACUGCUCUAUGUAGCUUCGCAUGUGCGCAGACUUCUACACGUUUAUUUCACGAUGCAUGGCACAUAAAGACACAUUCAAACAUGCCAAAGUCUGUGAAGAAGUCCUGCACCACCCAGACCUCCAUCAGCAGGUACUUCGGAGGGCUGAGCAGCAGCAGCAGCAGCAGCAGUGCCUCCAACACUCAGUGUGGGAUUAACCAAAACCCUGCUGUGCACCAGCUUUCAAGAGGCAAGAAGAAACUUUCUCCUGAUGAUGAUUUUGGUUUGUCACCAAAACGAGCCAGGCUUCCUGUGCAAGACCAACAGGUGGAGGAUUUGGACUGUGAGCUGGCACCCUGCCAGGACACUAAAGAGACGACGCAAACCUCUAGGCGAGGAGCAGCCGCCCUCUGCGCCUCCACCUUGGAGAGGCUGAAAGGCUUCACCUGCUCAGCUGAGCCCAGUAUCGGGCACAGCGACGCUCAGAGGGGAGAAAAGAGGACAGAGGGGGCUGACAGUAAAAUCAGUGAAAGAGGAAGCAGCGGUGUGUCUCCUUGGGACGUUAAAGAUCAAAACAGCGACAACAAAGGACUUCAGCCGACAGAGGAGGAGCGUGAGGACGAAGAGGAGGAGGCUGAAGAAAAGGAGAGCUCAGUUCUGGCUGCUACAAAACAGGGGUUCCGCUUUUCUCAGUUUGCCAAGCCAGGAGGAGGAAGGAGUGCAGAGCAGAGUCCCCCAUCAGAGUCUAGCGCCCCCUCCAGACGCUCAAAGAGUGUGUACACUCCCCUGGAGCUGCAGGUCAUCCAGCUGAAACAGCAGCAUAAGGAUGCGUUGCUGGCUGUGGAGUGUGGAUACAAGUACAGGUUCUUUGGGGAGGAUGCAGAGAUUGCUGCAAAGGAGCUGAAUAUCGUCUGUCACCUGGAUCACAACUUCAUGACGUGCAGCAUCCCCACACACCGUUUGUUUGUUCAUGUCAGACGGUUGGUGUCCCACGGACACAAGGUUGGUGUGGUUAAGCAGACGGAGACGUCGGCGAUCAAGGCCUCAGGGUCCAAUAGGAACGCUCUGUUCGCUCGUCAGCUGAGUGCUCUGUACACCAAGUCCACUCUGGUGGGAGAGGAUGUGAACCCUGUCUGCAAACUUGGGGAUGUAGAGGAGGGAGGCUGUGGUGACGUGGUGUUGGACCCGCCUGACAGCUUCCUGCUGUGCAUCAGUGAGACCUGGGACAAACUGAAGAAGCAGCUCACUGUGGGGCUGGUGGCAGUUCAACCCAGCACAGGCGACGUGUUACUGGACUGUUUCCCUGAUGGUCAGUAUCGCUCUGAGCUGGAGGGUCGUGUCCUAAAGAUCAACCCUGUGGAGAUCCUGGUGCCCUCUGACCUCUCCGAACAAACCAGCAGGCUCCUGCAGAGCAUCGCCAAUGCAAGCGCUCAGGCUGAUGACCGGGUGAGAGUUGAGAAGAGGGACAGCGCUCAGUUUGAGUUCGCCUCUGCAAUGAACACAGCCACUGAAUUCUACUGCCACACCCAGGAGAAAGGCUCUCGCUCUCUGUCAAGUGUUGCAUCCCUGGAGAGCCCAGUGAUCUGCUGUCUGGGGCCGCUCAUCCUCUACCUCCAAGAAUUCAACCUAGAAAGAGUUCUCAGGAGUGAAAGCUCAUUCCGGCGUCUGUCCUGUGAGUCGCAGAAUAUGGCCCUCAGUGCCGCCACCCUCAGGAACCUCGAGAUCCUCAACAAUCAGACAGAUGGUGGUGUGAAGGGCAGUCUGUUGUGGGUGUUGGACCAUACUCGCACUCCGUUUGGGAGGAGACUGAUGAGGAAGUGGGUGAGCCAGCCCCUCACAGACUCUCAGUCUAUCUCAGAGAGGCAGGAUGCUGUGCAGGAGAUCCUGGAGUCACACUCUCCCACUUUAAAUUCCAUCAAAUCCCUGCUGUCGCAUUUGCCCGACCUGGAGAGAGGCAUCUGCAGCAUAUACCACAAAAAGUCUUCCACGCAGGAGUUUUACCUCAUUAGCAGCAGUCUCUCUCGCCUGGGGCUUGAACUGCAGGCCUUGCUGCCAGCUAUCCAGUCACAGAUCAGCUCUGCGUUGCUCCGAAGCCUCUUGUUGGACACUCCUGACCUGCUGGCUCCGGCCCACAGCCACCUCAAGGUGCUCAAUGAAAAGGCCGCCAAGUCUGGAAAUAAGACAGAGCUGUUCUCAGAUCUGUCUGGCUUCCCAGUGCUGCAGGAAAGGAGGGAGCAGAUCCAGUCCGUCCUCAACGAGAUUCAAGACCACCGCAAAGAAGUCCGACUGACGCUGAAGGCACCUGCGCUGGACUACACCACCGUCUCUGGACAGGAGUUUCUGAUUGAGGUGAAGAACUCGCUGUCGUCCACUGUUCCACCUGACUGGGUCAAAAUCAGCAGCACCAAGGCAGUCAGCAGGUAUCACUCUCCGUUCCUGGUGGAGCGCUACAAGAAGCUGCUGCAGCUCCGAGAGCAGCUGCUGCUGGACUGCCAGAGAGAGUGGACCAAUUUCCUCGACCAGUUUGGGGAGCACUAUCACACCAUGAAAAGGGCUAUUAGUCACCUAGCAACCAUGGACUGUCUCUUUUCAUUGGCUGAGGUGGCUAAACAAGGGGACUAUUGCAGGCCAGAGGUGUGUGAAGGGCAGUGUCAGAUUGUCAUCAGAGACGGCAGACAUCCUGCCAUCGACUUACUGAUGGGAGAGCACAACCAGUAUGUGCCCAACCACACCGAACUACAGGGUGAUGGCAGGAGAACUAUGAUAAUCACUGGCCCUAACAUGGGGGGUAAGAGCUCCUAUAUCCGCCAGGUGGCCCUGAUCUGUGUUAUGGCUCAGAUGGGCUCUUACGUCCCGGCCUCUGAGGCCCGCUUGGGCAUACUGGACGGCAUUUACACCAGGAUGGGAGCUUCGGACAACAUCUACAAAGGGCGCAGCACGUUCAUGGAAGAGCUGACCGAAGCCUCGGAGAUCAUUUCCCGUGCAACCGAAUGUUCAUUGGUCAUCCUUGAUGAACUGGGACGGGGCACAAGCACCCAUGAUGGGAUUGCCAUCGCCUAUGCUACCCUGGAGUACUUCAUCAGAGAUGUGAAAUCCCUCACCCUGUUUGUGACCCAUUACCCUCCUCUGUGUGAGCUGGAGCGGGUCUAUCCUCAACAUGUGUCUAACUACCACAUGGCUUUCCUACUCAAUGAACCUGACAUCGACACUGACACUGACGAUGGAGAGGUUCAGCCAGAGUUCAUCACUUUCCUCUACCAGUUAACUCAAGGAGCUGCAGGGCGGAGCUAUGGCCUGAAUGUUGCCCGAUUGGCUGACAUCCCAGAUCCUAUACUACACUCUGCUGCACGCAAAGCCCAAGAGCUUGAGAGCAUGGUCAACGCCAGGAGGAAGAAUAAGAAAAUUCUCUCAGAUCUUUUGAGCAUUUCGGACAGAUCGUCCUUCAUGGAGUGGCUGCAGUCAAGCUCUUGACGGCGCUACAGCGGUAGUCAGUACCAACAGAUCACUAAUGAAGAAGAGAGAAUGCUCAAAGAAGCAUAUACAAGGAAGUACAGAAGUAAAAACUUGUUUGAAAAAUGACUCAGCACUGAUGGAGUAGUGGUUGCUGCUGCUAUCUUUGCUAGUUUGUGUGCAUGAAAAGGAUUUUAACCCUCUCAGGUUCUGGUUAGCACCACCAUCUGUACUGUAACCUAAUCAUCAUACCAUCAAUUAAUACCCACCAGAUCAAGAUUUUACCUACGAGACUACAUGUCACAUUCAUGUGUUUGGUGAUCGUGAUUAAAUAAAGAAAGAAAAGACAAA